AUGUUCUUUGUAGUUUUGGUAAUUUUGAUAUCUAUUAAUUGUAUUAAUGGACAAUUAAGAAAUAGACCUCGAGGAUUAGGUUUAUUAAAAUUACCUACUGGAGCAACAGAUGAAAGAUCAGGACUAUUUAUGCCAAAUUUAAAAGUUUCAGGUAAUCAAAAUGAUGGAAAACCACAACUUAUUAGAGGAAUAUCUUUACCAGGACAAAAGGCUGACUUUGAGGGAAAAGCUACUUUUGAUCCAUUUACAAAUAGUGUUUCAGUUGGUUAUAAUGAGGAUAUCUCUGAUUCAUGGGGUUUUGGUUAUGGAAUAAGUGGUAUUAAUAAUUAUCUUUUAAAAAUUAAAGAAAAUUUUGAUGAUUUUGCUGAUUUACCAUUAAUUAAACAGGAUGGGCAGAUGCAACCAUUAAUAAAUUCAUUUAAUAUUGGAGGAGAAUUUGAUCUUAAAAAAAUGUCUGAAACAGCUGUUUUUAGUGAUAUUCCAAUUGUUGGUGUUAAUGAAAAAUUUGAUAUUAAUGUACAUGCUAUACAAAAAUCUCGUGCACUUGCACUUGUCAAUGAAAAUGUUGAUUUUCCAUUAAUAUUAUCAGAUCCACAGGAAAGAUUUAUUCAGAAUCUUAAUUAUAUAAAUUUUUAUGCUGAUCGUCAUAUACAGUUAAAAGUAGAAAAGCCGCAACAAAAAAAAAGAGAAAGAAAUAUAAAUGGGUAA